AGGGUCGGGAAAAGAGACGGAAAAGCGUUUUCAGUUUCGCGGAGUGGGGGGGGGGAGUUGACUACGAAACAUAACUCCGAAAAAACAAUAGCGGUAUAUAUACGGUACCUAUAGGUAAUGUGAAAAACGGAGUCCGAAGCAAAAAAUCACGAAUAAAAAACCGAUACACAUGAAAAUAGUGCUGCAGGGCGAAGAGAGCUUGUCGUCGUCUUUUGUUCUUUAGUUGAGUGGUUUGCGUAGUAAAUUUUAUAUUUUCAUCAAUUUUGUCAAGAGUACACGCGUUUAAGUGAUACUGCUGUGUAAGAGAGUGGACAUUGUACAGACACACCUACGUGUAUUUGUUGAAUUGAUUAAAAAUACAUAUUAUUAAAUGAAAAGGGAGAGAAGAAGAGAAGUAACAUGCAACUCCUACUGUUGACAAUUUUGGCUGCCCCGAAGCCACAAUUUAUCUGUAGCAUCAAUUCAAUAUUUAAGAGGUAAUUAGAUUAGAGAAAAAAAUUAUAUUCGGAGGGUGCAAUAAGAAGAGUAGUUGAAUUGGGCUUUAUAAUACAAGUAAGAGAAUCUAAAUCCUAAAUGUCCGAGACGUUGGAAGAACGGAAUUUGAGGUUGUAUUUGGAGAGGAUGAAGAAUUCGAGGCCAAAGGAGACGGAGGAGCAGGUGCAGAUGAGGCGUAUACAGGAGGCCCAGCGAAUGGCUCGUCACAGGGCAAAGAAAAAGCGUUGCCUGGACGAAAAUCUUGCCAGGGAAAUAUCCAAAAUAGCCGAGCUCUCGAAGAUGCCAGACGCAGCUACCAUUGCUGAAAUGACCGAGCUCAAUAUGAACAAGAUCUCUGCUGAGCUGAAGCAGAUGAUGGAGAGGGGUAAGGUUCCGGAACAUAUAGUCCAGAUGGCCCAGCUCUCCGAGUUCAGUAAAAUGAGCGAGUUCAAUAAGGCUAUGUCUCAGGAUAUGGCUAAACGGUAUGAGAUGGCAGAAUAUGCCAAAAACAAUGAAUACAUGAAGAUGCAAAUGCAGAUGUCCGAACUGGCUAAGAUGAAUGAGAUGGUCAAGUUGUCAGAAAUGGCCAAGUACAAUGAUAUUAACAAAAUGAAUGAGAUAGCCAAAAUGAAUGAAAUGAUGAAAAUCUCUCAGAUGGCCAAGAUAAAUGAGAUGGCAAAGAUCAAUGAAGUGCAACGAAUGAAUGAGAUUGCCAAGUUGAAUGAGAUGAUUAAAUUGCAAAAUGACAUGAACAAAAUGCCUCAGAGCUCCAAAAUGGCUGAAAUUUCUUUGGCUAAACUCAAUGAAAUUACUAUUACAAAACUAAAUGAUCCUCCAGCACCACCGCCACCACCACCACCUCAACCAAAAGUUCAAGAUAUUCCAAGGAUCCCAGAACCUGUGAUCACUGUGCCCAACCCUAGGAAUCUGCAGAACGUGCAAACUGUUCAGGUGGCACAGGCUAGCCCAGGCAAUGUAAACUUUCCAUCAGUGCCCGGACAAGGUAAAUACACUCAGCUGCUUGUCAUAAUCGAAGAGUUGGGUCGAGACAUUCGUCUUUCCUAUGCAGGCAGUCGGUCUGCCGCAGAACGUCUAAAAAUGGGAAUACAACACGCCAGGAUUAUUGUUCGUGAGUGCUUGAAUGAAACCGAGCACAACGCAAGACAAUGA